GGAUGACAACUUGCAGAGUUGUCAUCCUGCAAGUGUCGAUAAGGACGAAAUUGCAGAUGCGGCCGAGCGUUAAGAGGAGGGCAGAAGGAGUCGCGAUAGAUCUUGAGUGUCGAAGGUGGUGAUCCAACUGACACAUCACUUUAUUAGCACCUCACCGCAAAGUCAGAGAAGAGGAUUCCUGAGGCGGUGGGAAUAGACUGCCUCCGCAUUUUCUCACCUGAGGUGUCCCUUACCUUCUCAGACUAACGUCUCUGCCGGCAGAUUGAAGGGGAAACCACCUGACAGACUUUGAGGAGCUUUGCCUGAGGCGAAACAGAGCUCAUAUAUAAAGCUGGGUGAAGGACAUUGACACACUGACAAGUGGAAACUGGCAACAUCCACUAUGGAGGUCUACACCGCUUCGAGGAAACUUGCUUUGCUUUCCUUUACCUUUCUGUUGGGGCUCUCAGGCACAGGGGCCCAAAUCCACAUGCCUCAAACCAGUAUAAAUGUGAUCAAGGGUGAGAUGGUAGUGCUGAAGGCCUCAUACAGCACAGCCCAAGACAUCGAUCUGGACACCAACACCAUCCUCUGGAACUUUGUCUCUAACAGCACCCAGCUGAUCAUUGCCUACACCAAAGGCUCCAUGAGCAGGGGCAACUCCCAGUUUAAGGACCGCGUUGGUUUCACCAGCACCAUGCCAUCAAACAACGUGUCGCUGUACAUCAACAACACCCAGGAGUCUGACUCAGGACGUUACCUCUGUCAGAUCAUCAUUCCUGAAAAUCCUGGCCUCACUGCUGAGCUCAGUCUGGACGUGAAGGUACCUCCUGCUGUCCCGAAGUGCUCUCUAUCGGGGAAGCCGGUGCUGAAAGGAAAUGUGACUCUGAACUGCAAAUCCAGCUCUGGGAAGCCCAUUCCUAUGUACAAGUGGAGGAAAACUAGUCCCACCUCUGAGGUCUUCUUCUCACCUGUGCUCAAUGAGAAGAUGGGCACUCUGAAGCUUAGCAACCUGAGCAGUAACAUGUCGGGCAAAUAUGUGUGCACAGCCAGCAACUCAGCCGGAUCAGAGAGCUGCACCAUCAACCUGGAGAUCGUCGCCUCCACUAAUGUGGGUAUGAUUGCUGGCGCCACAGUGGGAUCAGUGGUCGGCUUCAUCUUCCUCCUCCUAGUCUGCCUUGUUUUCCUGGUGAAGAAGCGGAGAGACAACGAGGAUGACAUGGCCAAUGAAAUCAAGGAGGAUGCUCAGGCUCCCAAACGUGUUUCCUGGGCUAAGAGUGGCAUGGGUUCAGAUAUCAUCUCCAAGAAUGGCACUCUGUCCUCCAUCGCCUCCAGCCCGCACCACAAAGAGCCCUCCCACCACCACAACAGCCACCACCACCACCUGCAGCAGUACCCCCAGCGCCCCCCCUCAGACACAGCCUCCAUUAUCACUGCCACAGGCAGCACAGCUGGGUACCGACCAUCCCACCACCACGGAGCCUCCACUCCCACCCACUACAGCUACAACAACAACACCACCCUGCCACGCAGACAGCCCAUUUCCUCUGAGGCGAGUAGCAAUGGGAACUCACUACCCAAGCCAGAGCGCUACACCCAGCUGCCUCAGGCUCAGGCGUUGCCGCAGACCUACAGCCAUCCUCAGCCUCAGCUCCAGGCUGCUCCCGCCCCACCACCACUGCCCUCUUCCACAGUCACAGCCUCCAACAUCGCCCGCAUGGGAGGGGUGCCCAUUAUGGUGCCUGCACAGAACCAGGCCGGAUCGCUAGUCUAACACCUGCCAGCGCUGACACAGUGCUGCUGACAAAAGCUGUGGAAUACUGUCCUUUUACUCUUUCAAAAGGGUCAACUGCUGAUUUAUUUUAAAAGGGAACACUUAAGUUACUAUUUAGCAAAAAAAUAACUGUAGUUGAAAAGGUCAAAUUCACUUCCAGAAGCUUCAUGGCAAGACUCUCAGAUACAGACUGUUUACUUUCUUUAAGUAUACUUAUGUGUUUUUUAUUCUGUAUGCACUGUAUACAUUGCAAACUAUGUAUAGACAUGAUUUUCAUACAUUUAUUCUCUUUUCUACUUUAUUUCUUAUUUCUAAUUUAGUUUUGAAACGUUUUAUUAUAUUUUUUCGAAAUCUACCAUGCUAAUUCCACAAAGUGAACCGCAAUGUGUGCACAAGUCUCACACAUGAAUAUACAGAUGGAUUAAGAAGAGGGAUUUGUAGGUGUACUGUGCUUCAUCUAUCACCUUUACUUAUAAACUGCCCAAGGAGGAAUGAUCAAAACCUAAACAGAUUUAAGCACAUUAUAUCAGUACUGUUCAGUAAGUGAGUACAUUAGCACAGCAGACUUAUGGACAGGAAGAUGAGACAAUAUUACACAUAAUCCUUUUUUGGCUUUACUUCUGUCAGUGGUUCAGCUUCUAAAAUGCUCUUAGACUCAAUUCUUUGAACACAGAUUAGCAAAAGCGUCUUAUAAUAUUGAGCACUAUUCAGAACUGUAGUAUGGUGACUUUGCUAAUAGUCCACACUUGAGUUGUAAUAAUUUUAAGUUGCCUGCAGCACUGAAAUUGUAAAUAUGAUAUUUAUUUUCUGUUCAAUGUGUGACAUACAGCAUAGCAUAUUGUUGGCCACAGCCUGUAUUGGAGGAUAUAAUAUAGAUAAUACACCUGCCUGCAACACUGGAUACUGAACCAAAGAUAUGCAGGUUGUAACGCUUCAUAUAUGUCAACACGCUCUCUUUAUGUGCUGUCUUUUAUUUUGCAGUUUAUCUUAACUGUCUAAGAAACAGUUUAAAUUAACAUGACAUUUUAAUUGACUGCCAAACAAUAAAGGCUAUAGAUUUUUUUAGAUAAUGUUCUUUCCGCCAUUUGGGUCACACGUGGCAGAUAUGAGUUUGUCUAAAUCAAAAACACUAAUGUGAAAGUGUUAACAUGACUCUGAAGGUGCCUAAUUCGAGACUGUCUAUACCAUUUCCUAUUAUGAGAAGAUGAGGAAGUUACACAACAUGCAGAAUAUUGAGUCAAAUACAUCUUAAUACUGAACCAGAUAAGCCCUAAGAUUCUGACCGUGUUAACAAUGUCACCUUUACUUUUACAUUCAAAACAUCAGAGUCACAGUGUGCCCAAAAAGUUACACAUUUAAUAGUCUUAGCACAUUUACACUAAAUGGCUCAAGAAUGUAACAUGAUCUGUGGGACCAAAUCAGUUUUUCUAUAAAACCUGAGCAGGGAAAGUCUUUAAACGUAGCUUUCUCACCAUGCCUUUUUAAAUAUCAUAUCUGGAAAAGAAGAGCAAAAUAUAAUACUAAUACUGCUAUGUAUAAUGAUAGUGGUCUUACUAUCUAUUCUGCUGUAUUGCCACUACACUGGAGCACAUUUGUUGUUUUACAUUUUGUCCACAGGAUGUCAGAAUGACACAAGUGAUAGGUGUAUUUUGAAGCUUUGUUCAGGUUUGUAUUGUUUUUAAUAUGUUGGAUGAAAAAGGAAAGAUUUCCUUUGGGGAGGUGAAAGUGGGGAGAAAAUCAUUUUGAUGGACAGAACUUAACAACCACAUUUCCAAUAAUGUUGAGGGCUGAGUAAAACAUAAAUAAAAACACAAUAUAUUUAUUUGCUAACGGACUGUUACCAGUUUUACAAAGCGCUCCUAAGUCCCAUCCCAACUUGUUUGAGAAGUGUUGCUGCUUCAAAUUCCGAAUAUGCAUAUAUUUACAAAAAUCAAUUGAGUUUUUGAGGUAAAACAACAAUUAUUGUCUUUCUACUAUAUGUCAGAAAGGAUGAGUAGAUUAUCACAUGCUGUUUUAAUUAUGCUUUACCCAGUGUCCCCGCUUUUUUGGAAUCAAGCUUAUACUACAGUCUUUACAGCUAUUGUUCAUAGAAUCAGUGUUUUAACUUGCAAAUGGGUCAUUUAAAAAGUGUACAUUAUGAACAUUAAAAUGUAUUUGAGACAAGCUUUUAUUUUUAUACAGUAUAUGUGUAUGCAUAAGAGCACAUGAGCAGAGUUUAUAAAUAGUAAAUAUUUCCUGAACUAAACAAGUCCACGCUGUCAGUCAGAUAUAAACCGUGAUGGAUUGUAUAACUACUGUGGCCAAACUUGUGCUCAUGCAUAGGCCUAAACUGGACGUCAAUGUGCAGUGUCCUCCAUAUUUAUGUUCAUGGAAAAUCUUUGUAUAAUAUUUUCAAUUAAAAGGGAAAUUAUUUA